CAAAAGAAAGCGACAGAGGAAAGAGGCUCAAUUUGGGCUUUUACUCGUCUAUCUGAACCGUGAAGCAAAAACCCCAAAACACACAAAGCAAACGAGAAUGGCAGCGGAUGUUGGGAAAUUCUUCGAGUCGGUUGGCAACUUCUUCUCCGGUGGCGAUCAGAUCCCAUGGUGCGACCGCGACGUCAUCGCUGGUUGUGAAAGGGAGGUUUCUGAUGCUCAGAAAGGUUCCUCUGAUGAAUUUUUUAAAGAAUGUAUCAUGCGAUUAUCAUGGGCUCUUGUUCAUUCAAGACAACCAGAAGAUGUGCAACGUGGGAUAGCAAUGCUUGAAGCCUCUGUGGCUGAAGCUAAUGCUAAUGCCAGCCCUCUGCAGUUGAGAGAGAAGCUGUAUCUUCUUGCUGUUGGGUAUUACAGAAGUGGUGACCAUUCUAGGAGUAGGGAACUUGUGGAACAGUGUUUGAUGAUUGCACCUGAUUGGAGGCAGGCACUGACCCUUAAGAAAAUGAAUGAAGACAAGAUCAAAAGAGAUGGUGCGAUUGGCAUAGGUAUUGCCGCAACUGCUGUUGGACUCAUUGCUGGUGGAAUUGCAGCAGCUGUGGCUCGCAAGAAGUGACCCGACCCGUCUUAAUUCUCCUAUAUGCUCGACCCAUGAAUCCUCUUGCCUGUCCGUUCUGUUCCCUGUUCAUAUAAAUUUUAGAUGCAAAACUAUACAACUUUUAGCAGCUUAAACAAACCAGUUUGGAAAACCUUAUAUCAUGAAGAAAAGUCAAUAGAGAUGGAUUUUCCUUGCUUUAUUUCUCCUGGGAAACCUUACAGGAAUUAUAACUUGUUGAAGUGUGCUCAA